AUGAGGUCUACAACCCAUAAAGCCGCUAGUAACGACAUCUUUGCAUGCCUACAGAGUGAUACCCCGGACUGGGAUUUCUUGCAUGCUCAUCGUCUUCUGAACGUCUUCACAUCCGUUGCGAACAUUCAAGAAAAAGUAGAUGGCAACACACCAUCCACUCUUCGUCAUUAUGUGAAUGCGAUUGAAACGGGUAUCCGUCUUUCACCGCCGCUGUCCUCAGGAACCACGUUGACAUUCCGAGAUAUCAUUCUUGCCAGCUGGUUUGCAUCGCUUGCAUUUUCCACGCUACCGCCAUCACCAGAACCGAAUAAUAUCUUGGACGCAAUCCAAGAUCGUGCUAGCACCAACCAUCUUCCACAUUUCGACGACACUAGCUUGGCACUAGUGCAUGCAGUCCAUCAUGCCAGUGACGGCUUCAUUCAUGCUAUGCUGGAUCCCAUUACCGGAACACUGCCCAAUGUCGUACUUUUUCCAGAUCAGGCGCAGAUGCUGUCGGUUGUCGUUUUUGCUUCCCCACAUACCACUUCUGAUGUAUGGGCUGCACUUCACUCUGGUCAAUCGACUUAUGAAGUCAAGACUGCAACCUCAUCUGCGUUGCUUACCCUUGCACGGCGCAUUCAGGAAGGCGCAUUGAUUGCUGACCUCGGUCUUGAUAUUCCGCAUUGUUCCAGUGAUGCGCUGGUUCUCCUGCUUCACUAUCUUGCGCUAUCAUUGUUUCCGAGUGCCUCUGCAUUCAAUGAUACUGGUGUUGUCCUGUGCGGCAUGAGCAGCAAUGCGGCUUCAAAUACGCCACGAGUCGCUUGUGGAAGGGAUGUUGCCCGCCUUUAUUACGAGAAAGGGUUGCAAAUCGAUCCCACGCAUCCCCAUUUACUUUCGAAUUUCGGCUCGCUGCUGAAAGACGCUGGCCACAAUACCUGUGCAGUUGGGGUUUUCAACUACGCUCUGCAACUACACCCUGAAUUAGACAUUGCACUGGUCAACAUGGCAAAUACCCUGAAAGAUAUGGGCCGUCCUGCAGAUGCGAUUCCUUAUUACCUUAAGGCUGUAACCAUAAAUGCAGGCCUGGUCGAUGCCUACUGUGGAUUGAGCAUGUCUAUGAACGCAGUCUGUAACUGGACAGCGCGAGCUCAACAUUCCGCAGACCAUUGGUUGACAAACACCAUAGUGAUAUGUGAAGAGAACCUUUCGGAGCUUCAUCGUCAGAACAUAGGCAUCCUCGGUGAGAGGAGUGUUGAUGACUGGCUUCUCAAUGUAGCCUUAACUACAUCAAGACCUCAAUGCGACCACAGCUUGAGAAGAUGGGUUCACCGAUUUUACCUUUUCACAGAUGUUUCUGAUGGGCGACAACCUCUCCUCAACGAAGGGAGUUUCCUUAUACGUCUUAUCGACUGGUACCGGACUAGGAUGCAACACCGACGUUACGUCGAAACUUAUGGAGAGACACUCUACAGUGAAGAGGCAUCAUAUUCACAACCAAGGGCAGCUCCUACUGCGAAGCUGUUUGGCUUUGUCCUUUCCUCGGCGUCCUUACAAAAAGUUCCAACUGUACUACCUUUUCAUACUUUCACGCUUCCACUGCCUAGCCGCACCAUUCGACGCAUCGCACACAGAAAUGCCCUUCGUGUGUCACAUAAUAUAAUGACGCAGAUAUCACCAGACAGAGUGCCAUUACUGCCGCGGCCUCCGUGGAAACGGCGUAUUAACGUCGGCUAUGUGUCCAGCGACUUUAGUGACCAUCCCUUAAGUCAUUUAAUGAAGUCGGUUUUCCAGCUGCACGACCAGGAUCGGUUCUGCGUCUUCCUAUAUGCGACGAGCCCGUCAGAUGGGUCAGUCUUCCGACAGUACUUUGAGCACGGCGACUUCAACUUUCUCGACGUCUCUUCGUGGUCAAGUGUAGACAUAGUUAACAGGAUUGAAGAGGAUCAUAUACAUAUCCUUGUCGACUUGGGUGGUUAUACCAGAGGAGCGAGGAACGAGAUCUUCGCUGCAAGGCCAAGUCCCGUUCAGAUCUCGUUGAUGGGUUAUGCUGGAACAUUGGCAGCCAGCUGGUGCGACUAUCUCGUCUGUGAUAGCAUCACAUGUCCUGUCGACCUAUUUGCACGGGUUCAAGCAUAUCGAAAACAAAGCCUAAAUUAUUGCUGCCAGCACAGUGAUUUUGGGGUUCCACAUACAUAUUUUGUCACCGACCACAAACAGUCUUAUCGACAUGGCGAAAAUCUUUCUGUCGAGGAGCGUGCUCAGAUGCCAGCGGAAAAGCUAUGGAAUGAUGAAAUCAAGUGUAGAACAGAUCUUAGACGAGCCCUGUUUCCUGAUUUACCCUUUUCGUGUCAGAACAUAUUUGCAACUUGGCUUCGUAUUCUAGCCCGGGUUCCAUGUAGCAUUCUUUGGUUACUGCGAUUUCCCACUGCUGGAGAAGCCUACCUGAUCCAAACUGCCAAGGAGUGGGCAGGCGACGAGAUAACAUCACGUAUCAGGUUCACGGAUGUUGCUGAAAAAGACUAUCACAUCUACCGAUGCCGAGUUCCCGAUCUAUUUCUGGACACGUCAGAAGUUGAAAUUGACUGUAUAUUAUCCAGCGUGCUCUGGGCUGGCACGCCGAUAAUUGCUUGCACCUGGCCUAGUCAUCGACACAAGAUGUCUUCUAGGGUCGCUGCGAGCUUGGCCAGUGCUACGGGGUUUGGCGAGUACAUGGUGGUAUCCAGUAGGGAUGAAUACGAAGAACGUGCGGUGGCCCUAGGGAACAGCAUGUGUUACACUGUGCAACCCAAUGGCGAUGGGGAAAUAAGUGGGGACCUGCUUGACCUACGACGGCGUCUUUUCUUAAACAGAGAUACCAUGCCCUUAUUCGACACGGAGCGAUGGACAAGGAACUUGGAGAAGGCAUAUCGGAUGGCUUGGAAGCGGUGGGUGGAUGGCUCUAUGUUUAGGAUGAGUGAUGAUGGUUGUAUCUGGGUCAAGGACGAUAUCGAUGUUCCCAUCCGCAUGGACUGA